UUGAUUUACUUCCAAUACCAAAACAAAUACCACAAUCUUCUUAUUAUUUUAAUGUCGAACGAAUUGAUGAAUUUCAAUGGAUGCAAGAUCUUAAUAAUCAGGAUGUUCGAGAAUAUAUAGCUGCAGAAAAUGAGUUUAUGAAAAAUAAAUUAAUGACUCCAGGAAUAAUAUCUCCAUUAAAAGUUGUAUCAAAUGGCUAUGAAUAUUACACAAUGCCUUCAAAUUAUGGUAGCAUUUAUUAUCGUCGUAAAAAAGAAAAUUUGUCGGAUGAAGAAGUUUUACUGGAUUCUAAACAAUUUGCAAGAGAAAAUAAACAAAUUAAAUCUGUGCUAUUAUCAACUGAUGAAAAUUUACUUGGGUAUUUGAUUGAAAAAGAAGGUGAUGAAGUUGGAUCAUUACAUUUUAAAGAUUUAUCUAGACAUAAUAAUUAUCAGAUGUUAAGCGGUGUUUUCAAUUUUUUGUGGGGAACAAAUAUUCAUGCUGUUUAUUAUACUGUUACUGAUGAACAACUCAGACCCUACAAGGUCUAUGCACACAAAAUGGGGACAUCACAACGGGAUGACAUACUCAUAUAUGAAGAAAAGGAUCACACUUCUUUUGUUGAUAUUACUUGUACCAAAGAUCAGGGUGCACCUGAAUUAAAAUUAAUUGAACCAAGGACGUUUGGAUUGGAAUAUUAUGUUGAUCAUCGUGACGGUUACUUUUAUAUUUUGACAAAUGCUGAUAAUUCACAUAAUUUUAAACUUGUUCGUACGAGAAUAGAAAAUUACGGAAAAAAGUAUUGGGAAACUAUAUUUACUGUUAAGGAGACUGAAAGAAUUGAAGAUGUUGAUUUAUUUCAAGUAAUUUAG